AUGGCACUCACAUUUACUUUACUGAUGGCUCCGGCCAUAUUCAGCUGCAGGUCAGCCUACUCUCUGGACUGUGGUCAGCUACAGGCACACAGUCUGAGGCCAAAGAGUGUCUUGAUACUUCUAGAACAAAUGAGGAGAAUCUCCACUUUUUCCUGCCUCAAAGACAGGAAGGACUUUGGCCUCCCCCAACAGGAGUUUGAUGGCAAGAAGCUCCAGAAAGCUCAGGCCCUCUACGUCCUCCACGAGGUGAACAUCCAGACCUUCAGCCUCUUCAGCACACAGUACUCAUCCGCUGCCUGGGACAAGAGCCUGCUGGACGCCUUCCGCACCGGCCUCCACCAGCAGCUAGAGGACCUGUGGGCCUGCCUGACCCAGGAGGAGGGGCUGGAAGAGGCUGCCCUGCUGCAUGAGGCCCCCAGGCUGGCUGUGAGGAGAUACUUCCACAGGAUCGCUGUGUACCUGAACGAGAAGAGAUACAGCCCGUGUGCGUGGGAGGUUGUCAGAGCCGAAAUCAGGAGAGCCUUCUCUUCAGCAGUAAAGCUUCAAGAGAGAUCAUGGACUAUAGAAUAA